AUUUCGAUCUACGAACAAUGUAUCUGAAGAGUUGCUGCGCGUUAUUCCUGCUGGCGCUAGUCGCCUGUCAGGCUGCACCUUCAUCUCAGGCAAUUGAGAAAUCAAUUAAUGAAGCAGAGACGUUCGCCAAAACCAAUAUAGAACUAGAAGGAACUGGUGCGGAAAAGGAUAGGGCAAAGAAAUCGGCAACUUUCUGCGUAGAAGUUCACUCGGGAAAACCAGAAACGGUUCCUUGCAAGCAGGAGUUAAGACAAGAGACAUCCAAACCGUUGGUUAUUGUGCAACCUAUAUCGAUACCAGCAUCAGUACCAAUACCUACAGUUGUCGACUAUCCUAAACAGCCAAUUGUGAUCCACCAACAUUCUCAGCCUCAGUUUGUACCUCAACCAGCUCCUCAAUUCAUAGCACCACCACCAUCUCCUGUGCCAAUAAAAUUGCCUGCUCCAGCGCCAGUUUCGAUUAGUGACAUACCGCCAACUCCAGCUUCUAAACCUUGCGACAAACCAACCAUUGUGCAGCCGGCACAGUCACAAGUUCACACGGUCCAUGUCAUUCAUUCGCAACCGACACCGCAGCCAUCCAAGAUAGAAAGGCCGUCGUUUAGACCACUUCCACAGCAAUCGAUUGUCCAGGUGUCUACUUGCAAAAAAUGUAACAGAUUAAUACCAUCACUAUCUCCGCCUAAAUUUUCACCAAUUAGUAGUUACAGCUACGGUUACCCUACAACUUUUACCGAUGUGCUACCGCAAUAUGAAAGCACUGAUUGUGAAGUAGAACCUUCAUUCGAAUGUAAUUGCCGAUCAGAAAACCGCCUUGUUGAGCUAUCACCCAAAAUCAAGAUUCACGAUCCUCGCAUAGCAAAUGCUGUAACUAUCGAUUCUAUAGAUACAGUACCUUUCAACUCUAUACCCCAAAGAUCCUCGAUGAUCUCCAGGGAACACGACCCUAGCAUUUCUAAUAUCGUACCGGACCAAUCCAUGUUCUUUGCUCCAAAAGGAGCUAGAGAAGCGGAAGGAAAACAUCAUCAUAGGAAACCUUAUGCAACCCUCCCCGGUAACUUUAAUGUAGAAAUCCCUGUCGCACACGAUACCCAUAAUUAUCCUCCUCAAUAUUAUUCUUCAUAUCCUUCAUAUCCUUCAUAUUCUAGUUCAAAUUCUUACACCUAUCCAAGUUCUUACCCUUAUGGAGCCUAUGGAACCUACGGAACUUCUUAUCCAGUAAGCUACGACUCUCUAGCUUCAGCAAGUAAUGUACCAGCAAUCACUGUGAAUGCGGGAGGACCAUUUUAUAAUCCUCGCGAAUCUCAACUCACUGACUCAUCGUCCCAACCGAAUAAUGAAGCGCAACCAAGAGCAUUUUCGACUGAUAUUCAAUCAAACUACGAGCAGAAAGAAAUUACACAGACCGACAAGGAAAGCAUCAUCAAGGAGAUAAUUCCCGAAACUAAAAUAGUUACAAAGAAAUAAAAAGAAA